AUGGCGGCAAUCUACGCAUCACGGGUGAUGCCGCGCUCGGGGGCGGCCGCCGCGCGAUCGCCGCGCCGUUCGCGACUCUCCCCUGGUCCCCGGCUCAUUGCGAGUCCGCGUCGGCAAAUAUCUUCACGAUCCGGCGGGAGCGAUUCGUCCGGGGGCGUGGGCGAGUCCGCGCGCGACGCGGCGCUCCGCAUGGAGCAGGAGGCGCUCGAUGCGCGCACCGCGAUCCGUCUCGCGUCCCUGCGCGCGCAAAAGGACGAGGAACGCGCCAUUCAACAGCGCGCCGUCGAGCUCCAGAAGGAGAUGGCGAUAAGAGAAGAGGGCCGGCGCAGAGCCGAGGAGACGGGCGGAAGGCGACCGACGCAGAGGAAGGCCGUGCCCAUAUUCAUCGCGGGCGUUCAGUGCACCGCGAUGUCCUUAGCGUCCCUGACGCUGACCAACAGGGCGGCCGCCUUUCUCGUCGACGGGGACGUCCCGGUGGCCAACAGGACGCUCCUCGUCAACCUCAGCGUCGGCGGCGGCGUCGCGGUGACCGCCACGCUGAUCAUAUCCACCCUGAUCCUCUUCACCGUGGCGAUAAAGGAGGGCCUCGGCGUGAUCAACAACACCCCGGUGACGUUCUACAGGUGCGACGGGCAAGGACCCACGUGCUGCAAGAACGGUCCGCACAACCUCGGGUACGCGGCUAAGUUCACGUACCUCGCGAACGGCCGGGGGUUCGAGACGAGGCAGCGGGACUCCAUGCGCAGGCACCUCCUCGUGAGCCGCAAGUGCAGGGAGCUGAAACCGAUCGUGAUCUACCCGAAGGAGGAGGGCUGGAAGCUCUGGUGA